UUUCUCCCUGUCUGAUCGCGGGUCUCUGGGUGGGUGGACUUUGCGGUGCCUGAAAGGACGGGCGGCCCCAAAAUUUAUCAUCAAAUUUCAGGCCCAAAAGCAUGCAGCCACCGCCCUACGACGCUGCUAUUCAACAACAGCCCUCAAAGCCUCCUCGCGGCAAAUACGAGUCGUUGUCACCAACUCCAGCUUCCAUGAAACAAGAAAUCAAACUAAUCAACAAUGCAGCAGAACGUCGCAAAUACGAGGAUCUAGCCGAUCUCUUCUCCAUCAUUAAGGCGACAGAACACCUGGAAAUUGCCUUCGCCCGCGAUGCAAUAAGCGAGGACGAUUACACUGCUGCUUGUAGUAAGCUUAUAUCACAGUUCAAAUCAACCGAGGCGGCUGUGCUGGCAGCCAAGACUGUGGCAGAUGCCCGUGCAUUCAUGACAGAAUAUCACAUGGAUUGUCCGCGUGCCGUGGAGCGAUUGCUGCGUUUAGGAGUGCCCUCCACCGUGUUAAACCCCUCCGUGGACGACGGACGCGGGGAUGCCAUCAAAGUGGCGGAGACCGUGCAGUAUUUCAUCACGGCCAUGGAUGGUGUGCGUUUGGAGCAACGGGCCGUGGACGAGUUGCAGCCCAUGCUCACGGACAUCAUGACAAGUCUGAGGCGGGUCCAGGGCCUUCCGGCGGAAUUUCUGGGUAGCAAGAAGCUGGAGGAGUGGCUCGUGACGUUGAACGCCAUGCGGGCGAUGGACGCGAUCACAGAGGAGCAGGCGCGGCAAUUGCUGUUCGACCUCGACCAAGGUUACAGCAGCUUCCACGCCUGGCUGAAGUCCUUGGACUAG